GAUAAAGGAAAUCUUUUUGCGUUUUAAUUUAAUAGACAAAAUAUGUAUUUCAUCUUUUCUGAUAUUAAGUCAUUUUGAUAUGGCAAUAUUGGGAAAAUGUUAAAUGAUGAACAUAUAUCUAUAUCUAUUGUUGUCUGCUUUCGGACGAAGAUGGUUUUGAAUUAAUUUCUGUUUUCAAUAUAUUGAAAAAUAUAACAAGAAAAUUUGGUGCAUUUGAAAAUGGUGAAUUCCUGUAGUGCCAAUGGUUGCAAAAAUAGGAAUACUAAAGGAGGUAGUUUGACUUUUCACAGAUUUCCUUUGAACAAUAAGCAUCUUUUAAAAUUAUGGUUAUAUCAGCUGAAGCGUGGUAAUUGGGAGCCUUCUAAGUAUAGCGUCAUAUGUUCGGAACAUUUCACUAAAGAUUCUUUUGUUGUGAAGGGUCCAAAUAAUCGGAGAACUCUGAAAAGUGAUGCAUGCCCAACUAUAUUUUCCAUUGCAAAUUACACUGAGCCAGUUAAGAAGAAAAAAGUUCUUAAAGAGAAAACCUCUGCUGAUAUUGAUAUGAGUGAAGUCAAAGAUGAUGAUGAAGCUAAAUCAGAGGAAGAGCAAGAUUGUUCAUCUUUAAAAGCUGAUGAGUCAUCAUCCUCUGCAAAUCCGGCUGAUGAGGCAAAAGAUAACCAAGCAUAAAUUAAUGACACAAAUGCACGUUAAGCAAAUAGUUAUGUAUUUCCAUUUUCACGACUCUGAAAAAAUGCAUUUAGAUGUUAAUAAUUUUUCAAAAUGAAUUUUAACAUUCCUUAAAUUUUGAAGAGAAAGAAAUUUUUUAUAAUUUAAUACUUAAUUUUUACUAUUUGUAAAAUAUAUCAUUUUACAUUGUUAAAUUCUCAUGUUUUAUCUUUACUAUUUUAUUACAGAAACUUUCUUUUUAUUAUCAUUUUCAUUAUGCAAAAUAAUCAUUAUAUAUAAACACAUUCAAUCAUUUUUUAUAAUUUUUUUAUUAGCUUCAAAUGAAGUACUGGAAAAUGUGAUUCUAUGAUCAAAUACACAUGCAAUGUGCUUUUUGAAAUGUUUUUAUGUACUUGAAAUUUUAGAAUUUUUUUUUUUUUAAUUUGUGAUAACUAUAAUUUUAUUGUAUUCUGAUUGUUUAUUUUCAAUAUAUGUUUAUUGCAUGAUGUUUUUAAUUUCAGAUCAGUCAACUGCUGACUUAUAAAUCUAUUUCAGCUUAAUUUGUGAGUUGAAAUGUACUGUAUUAUAAUGAAGUUUAAAGAAUAUUAAAAGUUGAUAUUCAUUAUUUGUCUUAGUUAUGUGACAUGAUGAUAUUUUAGAGUUUUGUUUUAUUUUAAUACAUUUUUCAGAUGUACAAAUUAUUAUAUUUGCUUGCAUUAAUGAAAUUAUGUAA